AUGCCACGUAAGCUACGUAAGAAUAUACGUAAGAGGAAGGGAGCAUUGAAACAUCCAAUAGUAAAACUGACACCACAACAACAGUUGCAACAACAAAUGAUGAAUGACCCCACUAUGUUGCAACAAAUGUCAAGCAACCCUAUGCUUUUAAACCGAGUUAUUGGUGCACAGAGUGGAGGUUUAAGAGCGGCACUUUUAGCGAAAAUGGCAGGCUAUGGUGGAGCUGCAGACGGAACAGCUUAUAACCCUCAAAGUCAAAUGAAUUUGAGUUCACUCAAAAAUCAAAUAACAGAUGUCAAAAAGUCAAACAUAGACAUACAGAAACAAAUAAGUGAAAACGAAAAGAAACUAGAA